AGCCAUUUACUGACAUCGCUACAAGACAUUUUGGCUGCUCAAUAAAAUAAGUUUUUAAUUUCCCGAAUUUAGCGACUUAAACAUGUCGUAUCAAUUAUAUCGCAACACUACGCUUGGCAAUACGCUACAGGAGAGCCUGGACGAACUAAUUCAGUAUGGACAAAUAACGCCUGCAUUGGCCUUUAAGGUGCUGCUGCAGUUUGACAAGAGCAUUAACAACGCCCUUAACCAGAGGGUUAAAGCUCGCGUUACAUUCAAAGCGGGCAAACUGAACACCUAUCGCUUCUGCGACAAUGUCUGGACCCUGAUGCUCAACGAUGUCGAGUUCCGGGAGGUGCACGAAUUUGUUAAGGUCGACAAGGUUAAGAUUGUGGCCUGCGACGGCAAAAGCGGCGAUUUCAAUUAACAACUAAGCGAAAACAAGCACACAAAUUGCCACGCGUUCUACUUUUUAAGUUUCUAAUUAAUAAGGUUGAGUUGGUGGAUUUUGUCUCUACUGCGGAAAUUGGGGGAAGUAAACUGUUAACAC